GAAUCUGUGUAUCGCUGCAAUUCUUUCUGCUGUUAUUUUAUUUUUGGUUUUUAUUUGAACUGGGAAAAUGUCGGAUCAGGGGAAUGAGCAGCAGCCACAGGUAGAGGUUGUGGUGAAGGCAGAGGGCGAACAACCUUCUGCCUCCACUGCACCCUCUCCACCUCUGACUGCUACUCAGAGGCUGAAGAAGGAGGCAGAAGAGCAGCUCAAGCUGCAACAGGCCAGAGUAGCUGAAUUGGCACGGCAGGAGGCUGCUGAGCUAGAGGCUGCAACAGAUCACUCCAGAAGAGAGUAUCUGUUGCAGCAGCUAGAGAAGUCGCUCACUGAUGAUCGGUGCUCCCAGGUCACCAAGCACAUGGCUGAGAUGAUCCUGUUGGAGCACAAGAUCCCCAACUCCCAGUUCACAAACCGGGAUGACCGUUUUGUGCGGCUGGAGCGUCGGGUUGACGAGCUGUCAGCUCAGCAGUUCAGGAUCCUGGACUCUAUCCAGGGCUUGUCUGCUCAGCUGGCAGCCGCCAAGCUGAUCACUCCUCAGCUCCCUCUGCUGAAACCCAAAUCCUCUCCUCCUCCUUCACAACCUUCUUCCCCUCAUUCAUCCCAUGCUGGAUCUGCACAUUCCUCCCGGUCAUCUACUCCUUCCCAAAAGGCCUCAGUAAAGGCCACCUAUGCUGCUGUGACUGCAGCAGACAGAGGUCCCAAGAUCCCUGCUCCCAACAAGUUCAGGGGCGAUGACCGCAAGACUGAUGUUGGGGACUGGGCUGCUGGGACCAGAGCCUACUUGAGGGGCUUUGUCUGCGUAGAACAGACCAAGGUGGGGACUGUUUUGGGGCUGCUGGAAGGGCCUGCACUGAAGUGGGCCACCUCAACUUCCAGCAGUCUGCAGCAGUCCAUGGAGGACUGGGCCUUUGGGUUGGGGGUAGACAGACUUCUGCAGGCCCUGGAGGACCGGUUUGCGGACAAGGAGCGGGCCCGCAAGGCUGCUGACAGGAUUGCUCGCCUGGGACAGCAGCGGUACAGCGGCACCUUACAGGCCUUGUUUGCUGAGUUCGAGCAGCUCACCUCCACCCCUGGGCUGGUCAUGGCACCUGAUGAUAUGUUAACCAGCUUUUGCAGGGCCGCGCCUGAGAAGUUUGCUGUUGCACUCUACAACGCUGGGUACAAGGGCUGGAGGUCCUUUGGUCGUGCAGCCCUGGAAAUGGAGGCCAAGCUCCAUGUCCAGGCCCCAACCUCUGACAGGAGGAAGAGUGCCUUCCCUAGAGGCAGCAGAAGGGGAAAGGCAGCCCUUACUCAUGUGGGAUAUGCCUCAGGAUCAGAUACCGAUUCUCAGCCUGAUGCGCCUUCAGGUGGGACCGGAUCUGCUGCUGAGACAGAUGUUGCAGCAGUGGUAGUGGACCAGUAUGCAGAUCUGAUGCAGGAGCCCUUUGGAUUACCCAACCGGCCAACCAAGCAUCACAUCGAGCUGCUGCCUGGAGCGGUCCCUCCCAAGGGCCGCAUCUACAGGAUGUCCCCUGCUGAGCUUGAGGAGCUCAGUAAGCAGCUUGAGACCCUGACCAGCAAAGGCUGGAUCAGACCCAGCACAUCUGAAUUCGGUGCACCUGUUCUCUUUGUGCCCAAAGGGAACGGCGAAUUCAGGAUGUGCAUUGACUACAGGGGUCUCAAUAAAAUCACUAGGAAGAGUACUGAGCCACUUCCUAGGAUCGAUGACCUCCUGGACAUGGUGCAGGGCUGCACAGUGUUCAGCAAAGUCGACCUCAAAUCUGGCUACCACCAGAUUGAGAUGGCUGCGGAGGAUGUCUACAAGACAACCUUCAAGACCAGGUAUGGGACAUACGAGUUCCUGGUCAUGCCAUUUGGACUUUGCAAUGCCCCAGGCACCUUCCAGACUGAGAUGCACCGCAUCUUCAGGCCUUACCUGGACAAGUUCAUGGUUGUCUACCUGGAUGACAUCCUGGUAUUCAGAAAAACUGCCAGGGAACAUGCGGAGCACUUGGCUCUAGUUCUUCAGUCGUUACGCGACAGCCAGUAUAAGAUCAACAGAGAGAAGUCCUCUUUUGGAGUUCCCUCUGUCAUCUACCUGGGUCACGUAAUCUCUGGAGAUGGCCUGGCUCCUGAAGCAGCCAAGAUUGCUGCUAUUCAGGAGUGCCUCAGCCUCAGACAGUGAGGGAUGUCCGGUCUUUCAUGGGUUUGGCCUCCUACUACAGAAAGUUUGUCAGGAACUUUUCUGCAGUGGCUGCGCCCCUGACUAACCUAACAAAGAAAGACACUCCCU